AUGGCGACUCCUAAUCAACGGCGAGCAGCGGUGAUCGAAAAGAUUGGCAUCCUGAUGCCAAUCUGCUUGGCGCUCGACCGGACUGAUGACGUUUCACGAUUGGAGACCAUGAUGGUUGAGCUACGCAAGGGACGCGGAUCUGCCUUUUUGUCGGAGAACACAUUGUCAAGUAUCUACCAUGAUAUACCGAAGAGCGCCCUCCCGAAGGCAAUGGCAUUCCAGAUAGGGCACACCACGUCAAAAUCAGCCGUCCGAGAACAAGGACGACACGAGUACACAUCGAUGCGCGCGAUUGUCCAUCUGAAUGAUGAUGGCUCACGAGAGAUUGGAGACGCAGCUACCCCAUUUCUGAUCACCGAUCCUGGAAGGACGAUAGCUCACCAUCGUUACUAUCUCGGUCUGAAGUAUUCCGGAACGCUCGCUACGACAAUUAGAACACAUACGAAUCACCCGAUGGUAUACCGAAGUCACGACGAUGAAGUUGCCUUCGGGAGUACUGAUGGCGCGACGCCCGACGGCGUCGAAGCGUUGUUCUACCAGCACCUGAAGGCCGUCGCAGAAGCGAAGAGCGGCGGGACAUUUCAAAGGGCCAUCCUCGUCUUGCCGGACGGGAUGUCGCCCGGUGCGAAGGAGCUUGCUACAGAAGCCGCGAAGAUCGCAGGACUGAAGGUCCAUAUGUCAAUCGAGAGGUCGCGGCUAGCUGCUAUGCUACAGCAAUUCGCAAGACCCGCGAUCCCCAACAUGAUCGCCGUCGUCCACGUCGGAGGCUCGACAACCACGCUCACGAUACUCAAAAACAAUCACAGAGGAACGGAGGUGCAAGACCAAGCACGGGUGCUGUUUUUCGGUGGAAGAAAUUUUGACAAAAGAAUCACAACGUAUCUACUGGAACAGUUCACCAAGUCAAGCCUGAUCACCUUGGAAAACAAGCCAGUCGCCUUAAAGCGUGUUGAGCAAGCGGCGAUCGCAGCGAAAGAAGAACUUUCGGAAGCCAAGUCUUGCAAGGUUAGACUCGCCAAUAUUCACCACGAGAACGCAUUCUCUUGGCAUCAUAUGAAUGUCGAGAUCACGCGUGGUAUCUUCGAGGAUAUAAUUCGAGCAGACCUAGCCAAGCUGAAGGAUAAGAUCUCGAAUAGGCUCGCCGAUAUAAAGAUCGUCCCCGCGGACCUACAACAUGUCCUUCUGAUCGGAGGAUCGGCAAAAAUUCCAUCCGUCGUGCGCGUCAUCCAGGACAUCUUCGGCGGCACCGUCAUCGUACCGAGUGCCCCUGAAUUAUCUGCCGUCAAGGCGGCGGCCUGCCUCGCGUCCAAAAUUAACGAUUGUCCAGACGAAUUCUUUAAAGUUUUGCAG